GUCACAGUAAAAGCGGCACUUGAUAAUCAGAGAGGAGGCCCCUUUUUUUUAUUUUAUUUUUUUUUAUUUUUAUUCAUUUUACAAAAAAUUCAUCUUGUAGUCAUGACGACCAACGGGGAAGAAAAGAGAUGGAAAUUUGCACAAUGCUUUGGAGAUAAAGGCGAUUCCGAUGAUAUAACAGAAGCGGAUAUCAUUUCAGCAGUUGAAUUUGAUCAUACGGGCGAUUAUUUGGCUACAGGUGAUAAAGGUGGUCGAGUUGUCCUAUUCGAACGCAACGACGGUAAAAAAGGGUGUGAAUACAAGUUCCAUACAGAGUUUCAGUCCCAUGAACCUGAAUUUGAUUAUUUAAAGAGUUUGGAGAUUGAAGAAAAGAUUAACAAAAUCAAGUGGUGUAAACGAACGAAUUCAGCUCAUUUCUUGCUCUCCACUAAUGAUAAAACAAUCAAGUUAUGGAAGGUAUUUGAGAGAAGUAUUAAGGUGGCCAACGAAAACACUUCCAAUAGUAUUACCGGUCGAAACUUGUUUAUUCCUAAAAUAUCACAUCAAGAUAAUAUUGUGGCUGCUGUUCCUAGAAGAAUCUACGCCAACGCUCAUGCGUACCACAUUAAUUCGAUCUCAGUCAACUCGGACAGCGAGACGUAUAUGUCUGCUGAUGAUCUGAGAAUUAACCUUUGGAACUUGGAUAUAUCCGAACAAAGCUUCAACAUUGUGGAUAUCAAACCUGCCAAUAUGGAGGAAUUAACCGAAGUCAUUACAGCGGCUGAGUUUCAUCCAAAUCAAUGCAAUUUACUCAUGUAUAGUAGUAGUAAGGGUUCGGUCAAAUUAGCGGAUAUGAGAGAAUCUGCCCUCUGUGACCAGAACGCCAAGGUGUUCGAGGCGCAUGAGGACCCAAAUACGCGCUCUUUCUUUUCGGAAAUCAUUUCAUCUAUAUCCGAUGUCAAGUUCAGUCCUGACGGUCGAUAUAUUCUUGCCCGGGAUUAUUUGACGUUGAAGAUUUGGGAUAUUAAUAUGGAGAGCAAGCCGAUCCAGACGAUUAAUAUCAAUGAUAAUUUACGUAGUAGUCUAUGUGACCUGUAUGAAAAUGAUUGUAUCUUUGACAAGUUUGAGUGUCUAUUUAGUGGCGACGGAAAGAGUGUGAUGACAGGGUCGUAUAGCAAUAACUUUUCGAUUUACAACCGAGAUACCAAGGACGAAAUCCCACUUCAGGCAGAUAAAAGUGCUUUCAAAGCCAAACGUCUGGUUGGCAAUCAAAAGAAGAUGACAACCAUGGGCCGAAAUGGAAAGCGAGAGGAUUUGGAUCCAGUCGACUUUAAUAAAAAGAUCCUGCAUGCUUCGUGGCACCCCAAAGAUAAUAUCAUUGCAGUGGCUGCUACCAAUAACCUCUUUAUCUUUGCUGAAUAACCUUCUCUCUUUAAAAUAAAUAAUUUGUUAUCAUUAUUACAGUGCAUCUAUUUUACAAUGAACAAUUUU